AUGGACUCCGUCGACUGGACGCCGUACGUCGAGGCGCUGCUUUCAGGCCAGCAGUCCGCCGACCAAGUGGUACAACAGCUCUGCAAGGACACGGGAUUAAGUGCUAAUGAUGCCACGCAAACCACGGCACAAGUCGCAGCGCUCGUGCUGCAAGCGAUAACCAAGCACUCGUCACCAGGCAACUACGUAGCUCCAGUGGUGGAGCAGCAGAAGAAGGAGGGCGCGGCUGUCGCACAUGCGCACCACCACCAGCGCAGCGCCACUAUUACGCGCGUAGUUGAAUCAGCUAUCGCCCAGAAAAUUCUGCACGACGACAGCCCGCUCACCAACCUUUUCAACUGGGACGCCUUUCAGAAGCGUUUGGCCAAUCUGCAUACCGCCUUCCCAGAGCCACAAUUCAAUCACGCGCUGGCCGUCAAGACGAACCCUACACGCGGUCUGCUGCGUGGUGCUUGCGCUAAGGGCUUCGGCGCUGAGUGCGCGUCCAUCGCUGAGGCCAAGCACGCGCUGUCACUCGGCUUCGAGCCGCGCAAAGUCGUGUACGAUUCACCAUGCAAGACAAUAGGCGAGCUGCGCGAGAUGCUGAUGGCUGGUGUAUAUAUUAACUUGGACAAUGAGGAGGAAAUCCGCAAAGUGAACGAGAUUUUUACUGAACUAGGCGACUCGGAGCAGACCAAGAACAAACACGCAGAGCAACUUGGACUGCGCAUCAACCCCGUGGUGGGUGGUGGCACGAUUGACGCCACUAGUACAGCCACUGUCACCAGCAAAUUUGGUCUGCCAUUAACUGCAGAGACCAAGUCUCGUUUGCUGGAGAUCUUCAAGCAGAACUCGUGGCUGCAAGGUGUACAUGUCCACGUGGGGUCGCAGGGCUGUCCCCUCGAUCUGCUAACUGCGGGUGCUAAGAGAGCAGUAGCAUUCGCACUCGAGGUGAAUGCUUACGUAGGACACAAGCAAGUUUCCGUACUCGACAUUGGUGGGGGUAUGCUGACUGUGUACGACGGCGGAGAAAGUGAGGCUUACGACUUCAACGAGUACGCAGACGUAGUGCGUCGACAGGUGCCUGAAUUGUUCACAAGUGGCUUCUCAUCUAUCAUCACGGAAUUUGGACGCAGUGUCUUCGUUAAGCCCGGCGUGACGGUGUCCAAGGUUGAAGCAAUUAAGGAUUGGGCUGGCCAGCACAUUGCUGUGGUUCAUGUCGGUGCCGACCAGUUCCCUCGCACAGCGUAUCUACCAGAACAGUGGUCUCACUGUAUCACUGUGCUCGACAGUCACGGACGUACCAAGACGAACCCCAGUAGUGACUAUGUACGUCAAGAUAUCGCUGGACCGCUGUGUUUCUCUGGCGAUUUCCUCGCCAAGCAAUUGUUAUUGCCGCCUAUUCAAGUAGGAGACUUUGUCGUGAUUCACGACACUGGUGGCUACACUAUGUCGAUGCACUCCAAGUACAACAGCCGACAAGUAUCGUCGUAUUUCGCCUACUCUGCCGUGGGUGAUAAAGUGAACUUCUCGAUGCUGAAGGAGCGCGAGACGACGGAGGAGACGCUAGCCUGUUGGGGUCUUGACCGCGAUGUCGAGUUGUGA